CUAUGUUAACUCCCCGGCAUACGGAGCAACCUUGAGGUAACAAGGGUCUGCGCUCUCCUGAACAAGCUAGUGCACUAUAUAAACAGACGGUGAAUCUACUUGGAAUCAUGCAGUUGUUAUUCCAACAGCAGUCUUUACACAUCUCGAAAAAGAAAAUGAAGGUUUUAAUCGCAUUGGCUGUUUUGGUCGUCGUUGCAGUGUCUGUCAAUUCACAGAAUUACCCCAAAUAUCCUAAACCAACUUACCCAUCAGCAGCUUACUCACCAUCGGCUUACCCUAAGCCGUCAUACCCUAAUCCUUCUUACGACUAUGCACCUGUUCCUUACAACUUUGCCUACGCCGUCAAAGACGAUUACACCUACAACGAUUUCGGUCAUCAAGAAACGAGCGAUGGAUAUGCCAAGACUGGAACCUACUACGUCCUCUUGCCCGAUGGCCGCAUGCAAACUGUCAACUACAAAGCUGAUGAGAACGGCUACGUUGCCGAUGUUUCGUACAAAGGUGAAGCCAAGUACCCCGAAUACAAGCCGGCUUACACCAAGCCAGCUUAUCCUAGUUACCAACCAGCGUAUCCCGCGUCGUCUUAUCCGUCUGCGCCAGCUUAUCCAGCGUACAAGCCGGACUACCCCAAGUACAAUUAAGAUUUUUUAAACCAGAUGAAACGGUAACAUCCCCAAUCUCGGAGUAGCCCAUGAUUUCUUAUGCAUACAUAUCACCAAUAGCUCAUUUCAUUUAGAAAACAAAACGUGAUAUAACGACACAUAAAUACAACAAUUUCCCGAUAGGGAUUCUACGAAAA